AUGGCGUCAGAAUAUACUUAUGAUGAAGAAGGGGAGACUUGGCCAUUCUUUGUAAUUGCCAUUCUCACAUUCAUCUUGGUACCACUCACAAUUAAGUGGGUGUAUAGAAUCUUGAAUGCGGACGAUCCUAUAAGUUAUAACUCUAAAAUUAAGGGUUCAAUACUUGAAGACUCCAGUACAGUAUCUGUGGAGAAUUUGAGAAAGAUCAAAGAGUACCAACUCAAACAAAAAUCGUCCAGAUUCAUCAACAGAACAUUGCUUGUCUUAAUUUUAGGAUGGGCAACUGUGAUAUAUAUUGCAUUAUACUAUACUAAGGAAGCUGAUUUAACUGGAGCAUUUGAUCCAUAUACCAUUUUGGAUAUUUCGUCGUCUGCCUCCGAAAGAGAGAUUAAGAGUCGCUAUAGAAAGUUAUCGUUGAAGUUCCAUCCAGAUAAAUUACCUAAGGACAUAACAGAGGCCGUGAAGGAAGAGAUGGAGACUGCAUUUAUCAAAAUUAAUAUGGCUUAUAAGGCAUUGACCGAUGAAGUUACCAGAAAUAACUUUUUGAAAUACGGACACCCAGAUGGUCCUCAAAAUGUUUCACAUGGUAUUGCGCUUCCAAAGUUUUUGGUCGAAGGAAAGUAUUCGCCAUUUAUGGUUGUUGUGUAUUUCGUGUUGGUUGGAGUUUUAUUACCUUUUAUCGUGGGUAGUUGGUGGAAUAAUGUGAAGACACACACCAAAAAAGGUUUACAUGUCGACACAGCUGCUUUAUUCACGAGAAAAUUAACUGAUAGAAAUCCAGCUAAGAUCGUUACACCAUAUGAUAUUUUGGACUGGGUGUGUUUAUCUCAUGAGAUCAGAACUAAUUUCAAACACUUACAUAUUAAUCAAAUUAGAGAUUUAAUUGCAUGGCAUUUAUUCCGCAAUUUUGAGUUUACAUCAAAGAACCCAAAUUUUGAAAUGGAUAAAUUGAAAAUUGUUGCACUUUUGCCUACAUUAAUUAAUGGCUUAAUUGAUAUUGCAACUGUAUUCAGACAAGUGGAUAUUUUAAUAACUGCCUGUGAUUUACGUAAAUCCGUUAUUCAAGCAGUUAAGCCUGUUGGCAAAUACCAGGAAUUAUUGCAAUUACCAUAUGUUGAUGAAAAGGUGGUAGAAAAGCAACAAGUCAAGAAAUUAGGAAAAUUGUUUACAUUGUCAAAAGAAGAAUUGUCGAAAACCUUAGGUAUUGAAGAUGCUGAAAAGUUGAAAACUACUAUGAAUGUUGCUGCACACAUUCCAUCUCUUCGAGUAAUUGAUGCUGGGUUUAAAGUGCCUGGUGAAGAUGUUGUACCACCUUUGUCAAAUGCACAUUUAUAUGUGAAGUUUUUAGUGAAAUCACCAAAGCUUAAAUCAUCUCCUGAAAUCCCGGAAGAAAACUUAAAAGAUGAAGAAACAUUAGAAUACCUUAAGAAUCCUUUGAAAUCAAAUGAAGAACAACCAGCCUUACCGUAUUCUUAUGCUCCAUAUUUUCCAAAGAGUAUCGGCAAUUCUUGGACAGGGUUUUUAAUUGCUCAAAAGGACAAUAAAUUAGUAGAAGGCACUGAAGCCUCAACUUUAAGUCAUAUUAAUUUGAGUAACCUUGAACUUACCCAAGAAAAAUGGAUCGAUGGCAAAGAUGAUGUUAUAGUGAGUUCGUUCAAGAUUCCAAUGAAUGGCCCUGCUCCAGCAAACGAAGGUAAAACACAUUACAGAUUAAUAUUGAAGAAUAAUGCUUACUUCGGAUGUGAUGUGGAUAUCCCAGUUGUCAUGACAGUUAAGGCCGCUCCUAUGGUAUUAACCAGAAAGACUAACCAAGAUGUUGAAUCUGAUGACGAAAGUGAUAUUUCCGAUCCAGAAGAAGACACAAUUGCCGGGGCAUUAGCAGCUUUCAGAGGUGGUAAUGUCAAGAAGUCUGAAAUAAAAGAAGCUGAAUCAGCCGAUGUGUCAGAUGAAAGCGAUACUGAAAGUAUUUUCACUGAUAUCAACACUGAUACAGAAGAUGAAGGUGAUAAUUAA